CCAAGGACAUAAUAUGGCAGGGUCGUCGAAGAAGGUAUAUGAGGUGUUUGUGUCUAAAAUACCAUGGACCCUUGCAAGCAAGGAGAUGAAAGACUACUUUGGGCAGUUUGGUCAAGUCAAGAAAUGCCUUGUUCCCUUUGACAAAGAGACAGGCUUCCACAGAGGCUUCUGCUGGAUCGGCUACACGUCCGAGGAAGGCCUGAAUAAUGCUCUCCAGAAAGACCCACAUGUACUGGAGGGAUCCACGGUAUAGUUCAUCAGACUAGAUCAUGUCAACCCCAUUGCCCAUCAUUGGGUGCUAUACCCUGAACUUUUGUUGUUGACUAAAAUGUGUUUAGACUUUUUGUCUAAUCUUAGCAUGUCUA